AUGUAUGCAAAUGGCAGUGAUUGUAGUAUUGAGGCGCUUAUUGACUUGAUUUUUCAGAAAUCAGAGAAUAGGAAGGUCACGUCCAUUUCGACCGACGUCAUCCACCACAAACGUCGACGUCACUUUGCCGUCAAAGUAUGGACUUGGGUCGCUUGGCUUGCAAAAGUUUAG